UGUAAUUUUAUGUGGUUUUCUUUGGUGGUAAGUAUGAUUCUCUUGCCUUUAGAUUUUGUAUCUAUCUCAGGUUUCAUUUAAUCUGGAAUUGGUGAAUCUAACUCUUCAUCUAUACGCAAAGAUAGUUGCAUUUUACAUUAAUAGAUUUAUGAUCUCUGGAUAUUUAACAUUGAAUUUGGUGGUAUUUUGAGCAGAGUCAACUUUUGGCUUCCUUGUUGAGCAGUGGAAGAAUCACUUACCUUCUGGUUAUCUGCUUAAAGAAGCCUCCAUUGAUCAACCUUGUGAACAAGACUCUUGCCGUUGUCACUUCACAAUUGUCCUAGAUAGCACUCUUAGAGUUGAUCCUGAACUAGUCUUGAAAUAUCAGUGGUUUGUAGGAGAGAGAUCGCUCUCAAAUUUCGUUGCUAUUCCUGAUGCUACAAAAGAGGUCUAUUGGCCAAAGCAUGAAGACAUUAAUAAAGUUCUAAAAGUGGAAUGUACCAUGAUACUGGGUGAGAUUGAAUAUCCUCCAAUUUUUGCCAUAUCUUCGCCGGUUUCACGAGGAAAUGGAAUUCCAAAGGUUGUGAACGUUGAGGUGCAUGGGGAAUUGAUUGAGGGAAAUUAUAUUAGGGGUCAUGCGGAGGUUGCAUGGUGUGGUGGGACUCCUGGAAAAGGUGUUGCAAGUUGGUUAAGGAGAAGGUGGAACGGUAGUCCAGUGGUAAUUGUUGGAGCAGAAGAUGAAGAGUACCUGUUGACUUUGGAUGAUGUAGAUUCAAGUUUGGUUUUCAUGUACACACCAGUAACGGAAGAAGGUGCCAAAGGGGAACCUCAAUAUAAGUAUACCGAUUUUGUAAAAGCAGCUCCACCAUCUGUCAGUAAUGUCCGAAUUAUUGGAGAUCCUGUUGAAGGAAAUGUUAUCAAAGGAAUUGGAGAUUACUUUGGAGGUAGAGAGGGCCCUAGCAAGUUCCACUGGUUACGUGAGAACAGAGAAACUGGGGACUAUGUGUUGGCAUCAACUGGUACGUCUGAUUACACUUUGACGAAAGAAGAUGUAGGCCGAUGCUUGGCUUUUGCAUAUAUACCCAUAAAUUUUGAGGGGCUAGAAGGGCAAUCUGUAUCGGUGGUGUCAAAUAUAGUGAAGCAUGCACCCCCAAAAAUAACAAAUCUUAAGAUUAUUGGCGAUCUGAGAGAGAACAGUAAGGUUACUGUAACUGGUACUGUUACUGGAGGGUCUGAAGCUUCAAGUAGAGUGCAGUGGUUUAAAACAAUUUCUUCAACAUUGAAUGAGAAUGGUCUUGAAGCAAUGAGCGCAUCCAAGAUUGCUAAGGCAUUCCGGAUACCUUUAGGAGCUGUUGGCUAUUAUGUUGUUGCAAAAUAUACUCCUAUGACUCCAGAUGGUGAAUGUGGUGAACCAGCAUAUGUAAUAUCAGAAAGAGCAGUUGAGACUCUUCCACCAAGCUUAAAUUUCUUAUCUAUAACUGGUGAUUACAUCGAAGGCGGAAUACUAACAGCAUCAUAUGGCUAUAUAGGGGGUCAUGAAGGGAAAAGCUUAUAUAAUUGGUAUCUUCAUGAGGUAGAAGGUGACCAUGGUGACCUAAUAGAUGGCAUCACUGGGCUUCUCCAAUAUCGCAUAGGAAAAAAUGAUAUUGGUAAAUUCAUUUCCUUUCAGUGUACUCCAGUGCGCAAUGAUGGGAUUGUAGGUGAGCCAAGAACAUGCAUGGGGCAAGAAAGAGUUCGUCCUGGAAGCCCAAGAUUGAUCUCUCUGCAAAUAGUUGGAAGUCCUGUUGAAGGAACAGAACUAAACGUAGAAAAAAAGUAUUGGGGUGGUGAAGAAGGAGAUUCAGUUUUUCAGUGGUUCCGGACUAGUUUAGAUGGAACACAAACUGAAGUUAGGGGUGCCACACUCUCAUCAUAUGUUCUCUCGGUUGAUGACAUUGGCUUCUUUCUUUCUAUUUCAUGUGAGCCUGUCAGGAGUGACUGGGCUCGUGGCCCUAUUGUUCUCUCAGAACAAAUUGGACCAAUUGUUCCUGGUCCUCCAACCUGUCGGUCUUUGGAGUUUCUUGGAUCAAUGAUGGAAGGACAACGAUUGAGUUUUCUUGCUUCAUAUAGUGGAGGGGAGAGGGGAGAUUGCAUCCAUGAAUGGUUUAGACUUAAAAGUAAUGCUGUCAAAGAAAAACUGAGUAUUGAUGAGUUUCUGGACUUAACUUUGGAGGAUGUGGGAAGAAACAUUGAAGUCAUUUAUACUCCUGUGCGCAAAGAUGGAAUGAAAGGGCAUCCUAUGAGCAUUGUAUCUGAUGUAAUUACUCCAGCGGAUCCUAUGGGACUGGAACUUCUCAUUCCUGAUUGCUGGGAGAGUCAGGAGGUUGUUCCUCAGAAAACAUAUUUUGGGGGGCAGGAGGGUGUUGGAGAAUAUAUUUGGUACAGAACCAAGAAUAAUUUAGGUGGAGCUGCAUUGAUGGAUAUAUCUGCUGGUGCUGAAAAUGUUUUUAUAUGUGGUAGAACAUUAACAUAUACUCCUUCACUUGAAGACGUCGGAUCCUAUUUAGCCUUACACUGGCUGCCCAAACGUGCUGAUGGUAGAUGUGGAAGGGCAUUAGUUGCAAUUUCUGUUUCUCCAGUUCAUCCAGCUCUUCCAGUAGUUUCUCAUGUUCAUGUGAAGGAGCUGUCUGCGGGUAAAUAUUUUGGAGGAGGGCAAUAUUUUGGAGGUUACGAGGGAUCAAGUAUCUUCAGCUGGUAUAGGGAAACUAAUGAUGGAACUAUUGUUCUCGUUAAUGGAGCUACUUCUAGAACCUAUGAAGUCGCAGAUGCAGAUUACAAUUGCCGUUUGUUAUUUGGGUACACACCGGUUCGAUCAGAUUCAGUUGUGGGAGAACUCCGAUUGUCAGAGGCUACCAGCAUUAUUCUACCUGAGCCCCUGAAAGUGGAGAUGCUUGCACUUACUGGAAAGGCAGUAGAAGGUGACGUACUUACUGCUGUUGAAGUUAUCCCGGAGAAUGAAAUUCAACAACUUGUUUGGAACAAGUACAAGAAAGAUGUACAAUACCAGUGGUUCUGUUCAACAAAUGAAGGAGAUAGAAAAACCUUUGAGCCUUUGUCUUCACAGAAGUCGUGCUCUUACAAAGUUCGUUUAGAAGAUAUUGGUUGCUGUUUGAAAUGUCAAUGCAUUGUGACUGAUGUGUUUGGAAGGUCAAGUGAGCCAGCAUCCACUGAGACUGCUCCUGUCUUGCCAGGUGUUCCUCGAAUAAAUAAGCUGGAGAUUGAAGGCAGGGGUUUCCACACCAAUUUAUAUGCUGUUCGUGGGACUUACAGUGGAGGAAAGGAGGGCAAAAGUAGAAUUCAAUGGCUGAGGUCAAUGGUUGGAAGUCCUGAUCUAAUCUCCAUUCAAGGAGAGACAGGAAGGAUGUAUGAAGCUAAUGUAGACGAUGUGGGCUACAGACUAGUGGCUAUCUAUACUCCUGUUAGAGAAGAUGGUGUGGAGGGCCAACCCGUUUCUGCAUCAACAGACCCAAUUGCUGUUGAGCCUGAUGUUCACAAAGAAGUGAAGCAAAAGCUUGAUAUCGGAUCAGUGAAAUUUGAGGUAUGAGUAUGUUUGUGCCUUUAGUGUGACCAUUAUUACAC